UGGGAAAUUCUAAAUGAUGUAGAUUACUAUAUUAUAACAGUCUGGGACGGCCGAGCGACGGCCGAGGCAGGGCCGGCGAAGCGGAGGUCGGAGGCCGACCGCCGCGGCCAGGAACGAGCGAGGAGGACGUCAUGGCGUGACUAAUCCUGCGGUGGAGGACGUCAUGAAGGCUUAAAGGCCGGGGUCAGCUUGGCUUAUCUCCGGCGGCAUCUUUGGCUUUGCUUGUCUGCUUUGCUGGGCCACUCACGAGCUCCCCGAUGGGGAUACGAGGCAGAUCCUGACACGUCGAGUCAACCCUACUCCCGUCCAAGGCAAGAAAGAGAUGAGAUGGGAUGGGAUGGGAUGGGGGGAAAGGCCAGACAGACAGGGAGGCUGUUGUCUUAAGUCGCCUGUCUCGGUGGUCGGCGACUAGAUACUCGCGAGCAUUUCCAGGCUUGGGUUGGUUCUAUCCCCGUGGAAGAAACGAAGAGGGUCCUCACUUGUCUCCACCCUUCGAUACGACGGAGCCAGUCCACCUUGGGGUUUUUUUUUUUUUUUUUUUUUUUCCUUUCUUUUCUUUCCAUCCCAGCCCACAGAGCUCUCUCUCUCUCUCUCUCUCUCUCUCUCUCUCUCUCUCUUUUUGUCGGUGGGUUUUUUUGACACCUUCCGUUUCCUUUGACUUGAAUGGAGGGAGGGAUCCGUCACGCACAGGCAGGCCGGCCGAAAUGCCGACCUCCCGACGGCGCGGUCGGUGCCUUGGAGGCAUCCGAGGGUUUGAAUCCAUCGGAUGGGCCUGAAACCUUGAUUCGAUUCUUUCCCCUCCGGAUUACGGAGCAAUCUGAGUGUGACUGAAGUAUAUGUCUUAUGGAGUAUUUAUUGUCCACGUGCGG